AUGCAAACCUUCAGCCUUCUUCUUGUCAGCUCCAUCGCGGUCACCGGCAGUGCCGCAGGCGCGACCGCGCGCAUGACCAACUUCCCUGUCCGGGUGAACGGCUUCUCAGACUUCUGCUCGGCCAACAGCCUGGACCAGAAGGGCAACGUGCUGCAAGUCUCGGGCGACUGCUCCCCUGACCCCAACGGUGCCCGCAACAUGGGCGCCGCGUUGUUCACCUCGCACAUCAACAUCAACGAGUGUCUUCAUAACAACAACGGCCAUUUGGUGCCGCAGCAGCACGGCGGUGCCUUGGGUAGCUGUGACUGCGACGUGGGCUUCUCACUCUGCGAUACCUGCAACGGCACGAGCCUCAAGUGUGCCUGCAAUGACAAUACCGGGAAGAAGCAGGUCACUUUCAUGGACAUGAAUCAGUUCCUAGGCAUCGGCCUCGACGGUGACGGCCGUAUUGUGCUGUACUGCGAGGGAGUCUAUGGAGAGUGGAACCAGUGCGUGAAGAACGGGGCCGCGACGAAAUGCCCGCCGGUUAAGCAGUAA